UGCCUCCAUCCACAGUCACUGCACCCCGGGGUGAAGGGAUCUCUGCAGGAGGGAGGGGGUGGAUGGUUGCAUCCAUUGUCAAACUCUUCAUGUCACACUUUCGCUUUAAUGCAGGAGUGAUGGCACUGUGGGAACUGUGAUGUGUCUGUCUGUCUGUCUGUCUGUCCCUGCACUUCAUCUCUGAUCUCCUGCUCUGCCAAUUAUGUUUGAUCUUGUCAGCGGUGUUUCCCAGAAUAGUCCUGCCUGUCUGCCUGAGUGAACGCCGCUGUGUGAUCUCCCUCGGUGCACCGCAGCACUCCUCUCCUCUCCUCCCGUACCUUCUCCUUUGUGUUCAAUCCAUCCCUCUGUAUUCCCUCUGUGGGAUGUGAGAGCACCGAUCAUGUAGGGGGAGGCAGUGACAUCACUCAGGGUGUGUGAGGCCAAAAUGCAGAAAAUGGACAGAGCUGAGACUACAGGCCUACACGUCCUGUUGUUUAGUCUGUAUAAAUACAACAAAGUGUAAAACCUCAGCAGGAGGUGAUGUCAGUGACCUUAAAUGAACGUGGAAGGCGGAGGCGCAGAGUCCCCAAUGUGUUUUCUCCUCCACUUCCUGUGUUGCCACGGUGGGAUGCAGCCUCUCCUCGGUAAUGACUUAAAUGGAUGCACUCUCCGAGGAGAGAUGUGCCUCCUCCUGCAGGGCUGGCCUGAUCAUCAGCCCACCCCGUGAUUACCUGCUGACCCAGAGAGCUAAAGCAGCUUUGUGUCAGAUCAUAGUCGGAGAGGACAGAGAGACAGACCUGCACUUGGCGGCCGAGCUCGGCAAGACGCUCCUGGAGCGCAACAAGGAGCUGGAAGACUCCCUCCAACAGAUGUACGUCAACAAUGAGGAGCAGGUGCACGAGAUAGAGUACCUCUCCAAGCAGCUGGAAAUGUUGAGGGAGAUGAACGAGCAGCACGCCAAAGUGUAUGAACAGUUGGACGUGACGGCCCGAGAGCUGGAGAUCACCAACGAGAAGCUGGUGCUGGAGAGCAAGGCCUCGCAGCAGAAAAUAGACAGGUUGAUGGGCACCAUGCACACCUUGCAGAGUCAGGUGGACGGCCUGACAGCCCGGGUGGAGGAGCUGCGGACCCUGGAGGAGCUGAGGGUCCGCCGGGAGAAGAAAGAGCGCCGCAAGACUGUCCACUCCUUCCCCUGCCUGAAAGAGCUCUGCACCGCACCAAGGUACGAGGAUGGCUUCCUGCUGGCCAACCCGGGCAGCGUGGACCUCGCUGAGAGACAGCCAGCGGAGGAGGAGAACGAUCGCCUGAGGAACAUCGUCUCGUCCCUGCGUGCAGCCAUGGCCACGGAGCGGUCCAAGAGGGAGUGCGCUGAGCGGGAGUGUUCCACCGUGCUGCAGGAGUUCGAACGCCUGGAGCAGCGUCUCCUGGGAGCCGAGGGCUGUCAGCUGCGGGUUCAGGAGCUGGAGGCUGAGCUCCAGGAGAUGCAGCAGCUGAGGAAGUCCAGGAUGUGUCUGAUUGGGAACAUGGAAGACGGCCUGGAGGCGCUGCUUAACAACGGCCCCGAGACGGACACCCCGGAGGACGACACAGGGCUGGACGAAGGAAGUGAAGGAGAGGGCGCGGGGCAGCAGGGAGGCCCGGUGAGGAAGAGCUGCAGUGACACGGCUCUGAAUGCCAUCUCGGCCCGCGACGCCUCGGGCAGGCGCCAGGGCAGCUACGCCCUCCAUGCCAACGGCGUGCGCAAACGCGGCAUGUCCAUCCUGCGGGAGGUGGACGAGCAGUACCACGCCCUGCUGGAGAAGUACGAGGAGCUGCUGGGGAAGUGCCGGCGUCACGAGGAGAGCCUGUGCCACGCCGGGGUGCAGACCUCGCGGCCCGUCUCCAGGGACCCCUCCAUGAAGGAGUACAGCAUGGUCUCGGCGGGGCCCUCGACAUCGGGGGCCGUCGCCACACCUCCCACGCCCCCUCAAACUCCCUCCACGCCGGAGGCCCUGGAGGGGAUCAGCAGGCAGGUGGAGCAGGUGGACAAGCGGCUGAGCCAGAACACGCCGGAGUACAAGGCCCUGUUCAAAGAGAUCUUCUCCCGCCUGCAGAAGACCAAGAGUGACUUGAACUCCACCAAGAGCAGGAAGGGGAACAAAUGAGCUGCUGCUGCUGCUACAGGCUCUGAAAACAGUGACUUACUCUUACUUUACCUCACUGUUUUGAAGGCAUCCCGUCUUACACUGAACCACUCAUGACCUCAUGGGAGGAUGCCUGUAGUCAAAUUAUGCACAUUCUCAGCGGUGAACGCCCCCAUUCGCUCUCCUGGAUGGAAUCUGGGUUGAUUAAUUUGCCAAAUGUUAUAUUUCACUACAAGGAUGGGAGAUCAUGGAUGUGGAUGAAAUGCCUUUUUUUCCCCCCCCGAGUGACAAGUAAUCAGAACGGAUGGUCUUGUUUGUAUCUUAGGAGAGUCUAGUGUGUGGUGUGGUGUUUGUGAUCGAGAUGUCCUGAUGCAGAAAAAAUGACUUAACUGUUACCAUUUAUUUUUUAUUUAAAGGAAAUAAUAAUCAAGACAAAUUAAUAUAAGAGGAAAAAAAAGGGCCACUGGCUUCGAAAUUACUUACAGCAUUUAAAGCAUGUACCUGUCUAAUAAACACUAAGUGCUACAUUAACCUUUAAAAGCAGGUAGGAACUAAAUCACUCCAGCUUCUGACCGGCUAGCAUUUUGAAUUUGUCGGAUGCUACAAAUCCUUCAAGACAGCUGCCAAAGUGUUUCCUCUGUGAGUGUCUGAUGGAGAUCUGUUCACUUACAUGGUUUAUUCCGACUCAUCAGGAGGAGGCGACUCCUCUGUGAUGUUUGUACAGAAUGCAUCGCAAGCUGCAGGGGAAUGAUCUGUUUCAGGGCUUCGAUCGUGUCAUACGUUAUCUGUUCUGCACUGUACUACCGCAUUUCUGUAGUAGGCCAUUUAAAAUGUUUUCUGUUAAUUAAAGUAACAAAAAAAACAUGGUUGCUAUAUUUCUUAAGUGCUCAGGGAGGCAGAAAUUUAAAUCCUACAGCAGGUAAAAAAUAAAAUAAGACAACGGGACACACGCAGGCCCAGUCUGAACACUUUAAUGUGAACACAGGAGAUCAGUAAACUGUAGGUAAUACAAGUAGCACACAUUGAGUCAAACUGAACCUGCAGACAGAAACAUCAGUCCGUGACAGCUGAAUGAAGCUGUGGAAACAGACUUCGUUCACAUAUUUAUGGAGUGAAUAAAAAAAAAAAACAAAAACAACAAACAAACAAAAAAAAACGGCAGGAUGUGUUAACCCACUGGUGUCUGGUUAUGGACUGAUGUCUCUGCUCUGGUUUAAAAGUGAAUAACAGACAAGGUUUCAUCUCACUGAUAUUGAGGACAGAGUGCUACUGAGUCAGCAGUAGCAGCAUGUGGUUGUAAGAGACUGGAGGCACAGUCAGAAUUUGUCAACUUGAGUAAUACGAGGUGAGCGGUUUAACAGUGCCUGUGUUCCAACUAAGGUAACCCUGGAAAUAUGGCCUCAGGAACUCGAGAGGUGACAAAAAGCCUGGACUCAUUAACAGUUGUUGUAAAUGAUCUAAAAAAAAAA